CACGAGAUUUAGUAGGUUUGUUGUGCUAAACGCAGGUUGGCUAGCCUUUUUUCCCCCUUUGCUGAAUUUGCCUAUUUAAACCGUUCGUAAGAAUUAAUUUGAAAAUACUUUCCGAAAGAAUAGUUUAGCUUGAUAUUAGAGCACUGUCGCGGGUAUUAAGCCAGUUUAAGCUGUUUAGUGCCACAGAUGAAUAAUAACUCAGUGUAAGUCAUAUUUGUGCUAAAUAGCUGUCUCUGGAUCAACAUGGUGGUGUUUAUUUAACUGCUAUGGAGCCCAAGCACUCAGCAGCAGUGGUUAGUGCUGUACCUCCAUAUGGACAUGUCCUCAUCAACGCCAAGUGGAGGGGCUCCACACUGGUGCAGCAUUUUAAAGGGCAUGUAAAGACUGUCUUUGAGGAGGAGCUUGGUGUUGUGGACCUUCAUCUCAGUAACAGAAGUUGUGUCCUGUAUGUCUCAGAGAGUGACUUGGUGGCAGGGAAUGACUACAAGAGAAAAAUUGUUCGAUUCAGAAAUGCCAAUAGUAACUUCCAUGGGAUUGUUCUGGUGGAGAAGACUCAUCUCAGUGAGCAGUACUUCAGUGGACUGCAGAAGUUUGUAGUGUUGGAGCUAGGCCUGACCCUGUUGCAUGUGCCAGGUCCUGCUGAAGCAGCCCAGCUCAUUGCACAGAUGGUACAUGGAGAGAGCAAGCAGAACCCAUUCCGCAGGAGAAGCACAGCCAGACUGAUGGACCCAGUGGUGCUGAACCUGGUACAGCAGAUCCCAGGGGUUGGCAAGGUGAAGGCCAUGGCCCUUCUGCAGCGAUUCUCUAGCAUCCAUAAGAUCAGCAAUGUUUCAGUUGGGGAGCUGGAGCCUGUUGUGGGGCAGGCAACUGCUCAGCACAUCUGGGCUUUCUUCCAUGAUAUACUUCCAUGAUAUUCUGACACAUGGCACUAUGUAAAGACUUUCACGUUUCACUAUGGACUUAAAAAAAGAAAAAGCUUAAAUAUUGGCUCAAGGUCAUUAAAUGUAAAUUAUUUCUUAUUUAAGGAAAACUUUUUUCUUGGUGUUUGUGAGCAAAAUGUUCUCCA